CAAUCUUCCAUCUAUAAAAUCUCACAAAACCCUAACCUCGCCAUUCUCUCAGUGCCGCUCUUCCCUUUCCCCUACCCCUUCUCCAUUUCGCAGCCUUGAGAAAAUGACGACCAGAUUCAAGAAGAACAGGAAGAAGCGUGGCCACGUGAGCGCCGGACACGGUCGUGUCGGAAAGCACAGGAAGCAUCCAGGUGGACGAGGGAACGCCGGAGGUAUGCACCAUCAUCGUAUCCUUUUCGACAAGUACCAUCCUGGUUACUUCGGUAAAGUCGGUAUGCGUUAUUUCCACAAACUCCGUAACAAGUUCCAUUGUCCAACUGUUAACAUCGACAAGCUUUGGUCACUUCUUCCCCAAGAAGUCAAGGACAAGGCUAAAGCCAAUAAUGGUGCUGCUCCGCUAAUCGAUGUUACUCAGUUUGGGUACUUUAAGGUUCUGGGUAAAGGUGUUUUGCCUACGGGGCAGCCUGUUGUUGUGAAAGCUAAGUUGGUUUCGAAGAAUGCUGAGAAGAAGAUUAAGGAAGCUGGUGGUGCUGUUGUGCUUACCGCUUAGGUUUGGUUUUAUUAGUUGCGCCUUUUGAGGUUUUUUUGUUAAAGUUACUGUUUUCAUUAGUCAAUGGAGUAUUUGAACCUUGGGAUUUACUGCUUUGAAAUACAUUUGAGAUGUUUCAGUUUAUUGAGAUGUUAGACUGUUAAUCGCCUAUUGAUACAAAUUAGCAUAUAAUUUUGCUGGCCC